GAGAUGUAAUAUGAAAAUUUAACAUCUAGAUGAGACCAAUAAUUACUUUCAUAUACAUCUUCACCAAGUCAACUACAUCACUAUCUUAUUCUUUGAUUCUUUCUUCUCAAAUGAUCAAAAACAUCCAAAAUUGAGAAAUCCUCUCCCUCUCUCUCAAAUGGACUUUCUCUCACAUCUCCUACCUCUCUCCGGUGUUGUAAUUAUAGCUCUAAUCGCGCUAUACAACCACCGGAGAAGAAGCAUCAACACCGACACCAACACCAACAAGGGCAAUUUCGCGCCAGAACCAUCUGGCGCGUGGCCUAUAAUAGGCCACCUCCACCUCCUAGGCGAAAAAAUCCCAAUUUCAAGAAUCCUAGGCGCUAUGGCCGACAAACUCGGCCCCGUUUUCGCCCUACGCCUCGGCGUGCACCGAGCCGUAGUGGUGAGCAGUCGUGAAGCAGUCAAAGACUGCUUCACGACCAACGACAGAGUCUUGGCCAAGAGGCCGAGCUCCACCGCGGGCAUCUACCUCGGCUACAACCACGCCGGCUUCGGCUUCGCCCACGGGCCCUACUGGCGCGAGGUGCGGAAGCUGGUGCUCGCGGAGGUGCUCACGCCCCGGCGCCUCGACUCCCUGAGGCCCGUCCGCGAGGCCGAGCUCGCGGCGAGCCUCGGGGAGCUGCACGAGCUAGUGAGGGGGAGCGAUGAUCAGGAGAGGGAAGUGGCGAUCAGCGAGUGGCUCGAGCGGCUCACCCUCGACACGAUCAUGAUGAUGCUCGCCGGGAAGCGGUGCGCGGAGAGGGGCGGCGGGGACGCGGCGGCGGAGGAGGAGGCGAAGUCGUUGAGGCAUAUCAUCAAACAGUUCAUGUACAUAUCGGGGCAGUUCGUGGUCUCCGAUUCGAUCCCGUUUCCGCCGCUGAGAUGGCUGGAUUUGCAGGGGCAUAUCAAGUCGAUGAAGAGGAUUGCAGACGAAUUGAGCGAGAUUUGCGAAGGGUGGAUUGGAGAGCAUGUGGAGAGGAGAAGGAUUGAUGAUGGUGGGUUAGGGAUUGAGCGAGAUUUCAUUGAUGUGAUGCUUUCCGCCAUUGAUGAUAAAUUCAUGCGUUUUGGGCACACGCGAGAAACUAUUAUUAAGGCGACUCUAUUGAACCUCAUCUUAGCAGGCUCGGACACAACAUCAACUCACAUGACAUGGAUCUUAUCCCUACUUCUAAACAACACUCGAGCAAUGCAACAAACCCAAGCAGAAAUCGAUGACAAAGUUGGCAAAGAUCGAUGGGUGCAAGAAUCCGACAUCAAGAACUUAGUCUACCUCCAAGCCGUAGUUAAAGAGGCCCUCCGCCUAUUCCCGCCCGGGCCGCUGGCCGUGCCACACGAGGCCAUGGAAGACUGUCGUGUGGCCGGCUACCACGUGGCGAGAGGGACGCGGAUAUUGGUCAACGUGUGGAAACUCCACCGCGACCCUAGGGUUUGGGAGGAACCGGAUGAGUUUGUGCCCGAGAGAUUUCUGACUAGACAUGCUGACGUGGACUUCACCGGGCAUCAUCACGAGUUCAUUCCGUUUGGCUCGGGCAGGAGAUCGUGCCCGGGGAUCACAUUCGCCACGCAGGUUACACAUGUGACGAUGGCUCGUCUGAUCCAGGGUUUUGAGUUCAGAACCCCGUUGGACGAGCCCGUCGACAUGACCGAGGGCCUCGGCAUCACGCUGCCGAAGGCCACCCCGCUAAGAGUCCUAGUGGCGCCUCGGCUAGCGCCUUUUAUGUACCAAAAGUAACCUUAAUUUGUGCUCGGCUUGAUAUAAUGUUACAUCGUAACAACAAGUGUUGUGUGUAAAGUGGUGUAAUGAAUAAAAGAAUACACUUUAAAUGUA